AUGAGGUCUGCUGCUAUCGCCGGUCUGGCUCUCCUGUCGAGCCUGGCCACUGCUGCGUCCGUCCCACCAAUCGUUACGAAAGGGUCAAAAUUCUUUUACUCGAACAAUGGAACACAAUUCUAUAUCCGAGGGAUAGCCUACCAAGAGAACUACGAUGGCGGCGGUGCGUCAGGAACAGGCGAUACGGGCAGCGACGCCUACACCGAUCCCCUCGCCAAUGGCACAAUCUGUGCCCGUGAUAUUCCCAACCUCGUCAAGCUCCGCACCAACGUGAUUCGCACAUAUGCGGUUGACCCGACCCUGGACCACGACGACUGCAUGAACCAGCUAGCGGAUGCCGGUAUCUAUGUCAUUAGUGACUUGGCCUCGCCCCGCACCUCCAUCGAUAGCAAUGCCCCCUCCUGGACGGUGGAUCAGUAUGAGCGAUACACCUCAGUCAUUGACACUUUCCAAAAGUAUGAUAAUGUGAUCGGGUUCUUCGCUGGGAAUGAGGUUAUCAACACCCCCAACCAAACCGCGGCGGCAGCUUUCGUCAAGGCGGCUGCCCGUGACAUGAAAUCCUACAUCAAGAGCAAGGGCUACCGUGACUCCAUCGCAAUCGGUUAUGCUACAACCGAUCAGGCGGACAUCCGCGAAAACACCUCCGACUACCUGAACUGCGGCGACCAGAGCGAUGCGAUUGACUUCUUUGGCUACAACAUCUACGAGUUCUGCGGCCAUGCCACCUUCCAAAGCUCCGGCUACGAGGCUCGGACCGAAGAGUACUCCAACUACUCUAUCCCAGUGUUCUUUUCCGAAUACGGAUGUGUGACGGUCCAGCCCCGUGAGUUCCUAGACGUGCCAAUCCUUUUCGGCCCACAGAUGGACGACGUUUGGAGCGGUGGUAUUGUCUACAUGUACUUUGAGUACGGCGGCAAGUACGGUCUGGUCUCCUCCGAUGGCAGCACCCUCUCUACCAAGAGUGAUUUCAGUUAUCUUUCCAAGGAGAUUCAGAGUGCCACCCCAACUGGCGUGCAGAGCGCCAGUUACACUCCCACCAACUCCCCCCGUUCGUGUCCUAGCGUGGACAGCGAGACUUGGUUGGCCAAGGCAAGCCCCAUGCCCCCCACCCCCAACGCGGAGCUGUGCUCUUGCAUGGUCUCCAGCCUGUCCUGUGUCGUCAGCGACGACGUGGACCCGCAGGACUAUGGCCAGCUUUUCGGCGAGGUCUGCGGCUACGGCAAGCACAUCUGUGACGGGAUCUCCCACAACGCUACCACCGGAUCUUUCGGCGCCUACAGUUUCUGCUCCGCCAAGGACCAGCUGUCUCAGGCUUUCAACGCCUACUAUGAGAGCCAGGACAAGGACAGCACUGCCUGUGACUUCAAGGGCUCUGCCAAGACCCAGAAGGCUAGCUCUGGCUCUUCUCAAUGCAAGGCUCUCAUUAGCCAGGCUGGAGGUGCCGCCGGAACCGGCUCCGUCACUUCCCAGCCCACGGGCACUAACGCGGCAAGCACCUCUACCUCUAAGGGUGCUGCUGCCGGUGCCAAUACCCCCUCUGCUGUGAUGGUGAACGGCUGGUUCACUUUGAGCACCUUGAUGGCCGUUGCUGUGACUGGGUCUCUUAUGUUGUUCCUGUAG